AUGACAGCAUACAUUGAAUCGGAAUCAGAAUCAGGUCCAUAUAUUCCAUGGGGUUUUCCAAAUGAAUUAAUUUUAUGUGAAGCAGCACGUAGAGAUGAUAUUAAAGCUGUAAGCAAAUCUAUCGCAAAUGGAGUGAAUGUAAACUUUAUUGAUGAUUUCGGGAAAACAGCAUUACACUAUGCAGCUGCAAAUGGCAGUUAUGAAUCAGUAAAACUUCUUGUCGCCAAUAAAGCGAAUGUAAAUACCCGGGAUUCAAAUGGAACUACACCAUUACAUAUGGCUUCUAGAGGAAAUCAUACAAGAGUGGUGAAAUUUUUACUGAUGUCUGGAGCGGAUAUUAAUCAUGAAUGUCUUAGUGGUGUCAAACCAAUUGACUUAGCAGUUUACAAUUCAGAAACUUGGAAAGUUUUAUUAAACGCUACAAAUGGUGAUCUCCCAAACAGUGAACAUUUAAUACAAACACGUACAGUUCCUUAA